GUCUCAGCGUUUUCCAUACGAAGUGCUCUUUUGACACUGUAAAGAAAAAAGGGAUGAUCUACAAGUUACAUUCUUAACAUCGUUGUGGCAAAGCAAUGGCAAUAUUUAACGUAUUUAAAAAUGCAAAAAUAACACGCGGAACAGUUGAUGGCGCUGUUUCCUUUCGGUGACUACUGUUGGAAGCACAUAUUCGCGUUGUUUACAUUAGCAACAGGGAGAACGCCUACUACACUACAGAAUUACCUAGCAAACCUGAUUCUGGUUAAACGAGUCAUGUCAGGUCAAAAAAGCCAAGGACACGCUAACGACGAAGAGACAUUUUAUAUGCAUUGUAGAGCGGCUUACUUGAGCCUUUUCAAAUCUAGUUUGACCAAUAUCACCUCCAAACAGCAGCUCUGUCGUGUUCUCCAGCAAGCUGGCAGGAAUCCGUCCCAGGCAACACUCAACAAAUACUGGACCCCAAGAACUACUAAACUGAACUUUGAUGAUUUCUGUGAGAUACUGAAGAGUGAGGUGCCAACUGAGGAGAGGGAGUUAUUGAGAGCUUUCAAAAAGAUGGACGUAAAUGGAGAUGGCUGUAUCUCACACAAGGAACUGUUCGAUGCACUAACCUCAAGAGGAGAGAAGAUGAACCCAGAGGAGGUGAAUGCCAUCUUUUCAUUGGCUGAUACCAAUAAGGAUGGGAAAUUGGACUACGCAGAGUUCUGCAGACUGCUGUUGUCCACUGCGGAGCGAUGCCAGAAUGCAGCUCUGGAGAGAGUGGAGGCCGACGUCAGACUGAAGAAGCAGAACUUUGGGAACCAGCCAGACAGUCCUCCACAGAACCAGCCAGACCGUCCUCCACAGAACCAGCCAGACAGCCCUCCACAGAACGCUGGAUCAGUGCUAAACCCACAACCUCCGAUAACACCACCCAGACCAGAACUAGACGGCACACUCAGGAAAGAAAGCCGCCCGCCCUCUCGUCCUUCGUCGGCAAGAAGUAGGCGUUCCUCGCUGUUUAACACCGUCACCAUGGCAGCCAGCGCCAAGAGCAACAGGCCUGCAGAGCCUGCUUCUCUACAGGAGUGGUCCCACGCCAGCGCCAGAGGCUGCUUGUUCCUGGAGGAGGACGGAGGGGUCAGCUCGCUGCAGUACCGCCUCCACCUCCCCCAGACCACCUGCGUGUAUCUAACCAUCCAGCCCCUCAACCUCAGCCAGAGGCCAGACAAGCCCUCAUCCUGGAUGGCAGUGGACACGGCCCUGUUUGUCGUGUCGGGGGGAGAAACCAAGGAGGAGUCCAGUCUGGUGGGCUUCACUGAGCAGAGGGACAAAGAGAAGUUUGUCUGGAAGGGGGAGCUGAGCGCUGGAACCUACUUCCUGCUUCCCUUCACAACAUGCUGCCGGCUGAGGAAGAGGAGGAAGAGCGCGUCUAAACCUGUCCAGCUGGUCAACACAUCCGACUCAGGACAGCUGGACCUCACCAGAGAGUUCAGGGGGGCGCUGUCGGACAUCUUCGAAGUCAUCGACCUGGACGGGAACGGCCUCCUCAGCCUGGAGGAGUACAACUUCUUUGAGCUGCGGACGAGCGGGGAGAAAUGUGACGAGGAAGCCUGGGUCGUCUGCAAGGAGAACUUCGACACCAGGAGGAACCAGCUGACAAGGCAGGGCUUCAUGGAGCUGAACCUGAUGGAGGCCGGGGAGCGCGGAGGGGACCCCGCCGACCUCUGGGUCACGCUGGAGGCCAUGGGCUACAACCACGCCCUGGAGAUGGUGGAGGCCUGCCCCUUCCUCAUAGACGCUCACUGUGAGCAGGGCCAGCUCUCUGUGCAGCCGGUCAGCCUGGACACAGGCCCCAGGAUGCUGAGCGCUGGGCUGCAGAAGUCCAUCACAGCCCGGGGCGAGGCCAGGGCCCUCAGGGGAGAGGCCGGGGCCCUCAGAGGCGAGGCCGGGGCCAUCAGAGGCGAGGCCGGGGCCAUCAGGGGCGAGGCUGGGGCCAUCAGGGGCCAGGACAGGGGCCUAAGGGGCGAGGACGUCCUCCUGUACACUUACAAAGGAGAGCACAGGAUCUCCUCCCUCAUCGCCAACAAGAGCAGCCACAAGGUGACGGUCCAUGUGAACAACGAGCCGUGCAGCAACUGCUCCAGCAGCAGGGGCAUGAGCGUGUUCGCCGUGGAGGUGCCCGCUAAAACCAAAAUGGUGUGCCAACAUGUUCUGCCCACCAACGAGAGGCAGGACUGGACCUACAGCUGUUUGGAGAGCAUCAUACCUUGCUAGCAGGAACAGUACCACCAUAAACCCAAACACUGACAAGGUUCUCACUUGGGGCCUGGCAGUACAGGGAGUUCUGGAAGCAGACACCCCCUCAGAGAUGGGAUUCUUCAGCCUGUGGUCUGUGUGGAGUGUGCUGGAGAGAGCACAGCGUUAAAAUUAUGUCUUCGGCGCAAACAAAAUGUUUUUUAAUCAAAGGUUUGAUUCCCCACAGAGCCCCAUCCUCUUUUGCACAUUAUACAUUUUAAAUGUUUGUGUUUAUGUAUACAUGUAAUUCCGUGCUUAGCUAUUUGACCAGUCAUGGUUUUAUCCAUUUGUCAUAUUGGAUAAAAAAUAUCCUUUGCCUGUACUUAAUAAUACAUUUCAUGCAGUGCCUUGUCUUGUAGAAAUUUCACACCAGCAUUUAAAGUUUUUUCAUGACACAUUCAGAUCACAAACUGUUUUCACUAAUGAAUUCACUACAAUAAACUUGUAACACU